CGAGCAGAAGGCAAACGUGAGCCGCAGGUGGGAAGGGAGGUACGAGCUUUGCAGCCCCUCAGAGCCGCUGCGAGGGCUCCGGGCGGACGCCAUGGCGGAGGUCUUGAACCUAAACAAUGAGGUUGUGAAGAUGAGAAAAGAAGUAAAGAAGGUCAGAGUUCUAACGAUUCGCAGACUUACAAGACAUAUUUCAAAACUGAAAGCAAAAAAGGGCACUGAAGAUGCAAUAUUGAAAAACCAUAAACGUGCACAGAGGUUACUGGAAGAAAUUCAUGCCAUGAAGGAAAUAAAACUUGAUCAAGUUACUAAAUCAGCACUUGCAAGAGAAAUUAAUUUUGAAAUUGUCUGCAAAAAGCCCAAUUCUACAGCAAGAGAUAGAGCAAUUGCUAGGCUGACAACUCACCCUCUGUUGAAAGCAAAAAUUGCUCAUCUUAAAGCUGCUGUAAAAGCCUUUAAAGACGCCAGACAUAAACCGGCUGGAACUAUUUCUUCAGAAGAACAUAAACCGGAAGAACAGCUUAGCAAACAACCUGAAGAGACCCGUUAUUCCAACAGCAGUGAACAUACCAAAACAUUUAAACGAGAUGAAAACCAAGACAAAAUAAAGGUGAAAGAGAAGCCAGGCACUGACAUGGGAAAAAAGCAAAUAUGUGUGAGAGAAAAGCAGAAAUCGUUAGACAGUGAGGGAAACUGUUCCUCAGAUAAUUUUACAGCACAGGGUGCAGAGCAUCAUGAGUUACUUCAUAAGAGUCAAGCAGAGAAGACUGUCUCUCCAGAUGGAAGGAAAUGUUUGGAUGAUCUCCUGAGCAGGACAGGAGUAGAGGCUGAAAAUGAUGCAAGUAAGAGUGAAGAAAGUGGAGCAGAAGAAGAGGAAUCCUUUGAUGACAGCACUGAAGAGAGGUUCUAUAAUCAGUCUUCCGAUUCUGAUGAAGGUGACAGUAAUGAUGAUUUCUUCAUCGGCAAAGUAAGAAGAAUUAAAAAGAAAGGAGCAGCUGAUACUUCAUUACCUACUGAAGAGAAAGGCGAAAGGAUGCUGCUAAAAAAGCCAAAGGACUCACAACCUGACACAAUGCAUGACACAGACACAAAAGCUACCUACCAACAUGCAAAAGCAACUAAGCUAGAAUCUGUAUUUUGUUCGUCAUUGUGUGACUCUAACAAAUCCAAAACUGUGAAGAGAACCAUUAGAGACCAUCCUCCCAGAGACAAAGCAACAGCUUUGAGGAAAAAUCAUCCACAAAAACAAAUUCCUUCUGGCUCAGAUAUGAAGCAUGCCUUUGGAAGGAAACCAUUGGAACAAUCCCUUCAUCCUUCAUGGGAAGCAAGCAGGAAACGUCGAGAACAAGUAUCUCAAAUUACAGCAUUCCAAGGGAAAAAAAUAAAAUUUGAAGACUAGUUUUUUUUAUUAGGACCACCUCUCCUUUUUUUACUUUAUCCAUCUGGCAUGCUUGUGUUUACAACUGAAGUUUUUUAUAUAUGCAAAGUAGUAUAAGCUAAAAACUUGAAGACAAGCAGCAUUUUCAUUUAGUAGAUUUCCAGUGUGUAAAAUAAAUGUAAUUUUUAAGUCAUUAAUUGACAGAGGGAUUUUUAUUUAGAAAAACUCAUCUCAACAUGUGCCACAUUUGUCAAGAAUGCUUCCAGCUGAUGUAUUUUCAGUGUCUUCAUGGGAACUGGCAUAAAAGAUCAUGGAUUUGAUGUUGAACUGCCAACAGAUAUGGAAAUCUUACACAUAUCCAAGGGAACGUUUUGAAUCUCCCUUGGUUACCAUUCUGCAAUAGAUAGAUUUUCAAAAGGAGAAACCAGAAUGCAAUAACUGUUAAAACUUAAUGAAGUUUUAUUCUGUUAGUUUUUGACUAGGCUAGAGAUGAUCUUGUCAAUGGUAACUUGAAAAAUUUAUUUUGUAUGAUUUGAGCUUUAAAUUAAAUUAAAAACAGGUCAUAAUGAAUUGGCAUAA